AUGACACUUAUACCAGUUGUUUGUGAUUUACCGAAUAUAACACCUUGGUUUACAGGUGAUACUUUAUGGCGUUUCUUUGACCCACCUAUUACUUUACCGCUUAAUUUAUUUAUCAUCACAAGAGCUGAUAUUAUGAAAACUGGAAAAUCAAAUUACUGGGGAGCAUUAAGUGAAGCAAGUGUAGUAUGGUUAUUAUGGUCUAUUGACUUUAACUUGGAACAUCCUGAACUCGUUGUUCAGUAUCCAGUACUGCAUGAUAUAUAUUUGUAUAUGGAAAAUUUAUGGGAACACUAUAUUGCUCAUUAUUUAUAUGCAGCUGGUGCCAUGAUAAUGAGUUGGGUACAAUUAUUUGCUUUCAGAAAUCAAAUCCAUGGUCCAUUGUCUAGAAUGACCAAAAUUGUGUGGUGCAUAGGAUCCAUCAUUUAUGGCUUAUUAUUAGCUGCUGUAGCCAUUGAAUUUCCUCAUGGUACCUUAGUUGGCUUAAUCUAUACUAUUGUUAUUGGACUCAUAUGUGUCUCAAUGAUACUCUUUAAUAGAAAAAAUUUGUCAAAAGGUGGACUAUUCACGAUGGGAAGACGUAUGGUUAUUCAAUUUUAUUUGGGAGCUUGUAUUCUUGCCCUCAUCAUUAUCGUUAUUUGGAUAGGCAAGUAUGGAUUUUUAAACAGAAAAGCAGCUGGCAUUGCUUAA